AUGGCCCAAAAAGCGGUGCGAGGCAUAGUCAUCCAAGGGAAGAGAUUGGCCGCCUCCUCUAUUCAGCUUCUCGCAAGCUCGUUAGACGCGAAGAAGCUUUGUUAUGAGUAUGACGAGAGACAAGCCCCAGGUGUAACCCAAAUCACCGAGGAAGCGCCUACAGAGCUACCGCCUCUCUCUAGCCCUCCCUCGCUACCCCAAGCGCCCAAUGUUUCGCCUAUAAGUGCUUCAAAGAUCGUGAUCGAAGAUGUGGCGCUAUCUCGAGUGCAAAUUGUUCAGGCUCUUGUUGCCAGAAAGCUGAAGACGGCAAUUGCUCAACUUCCUACCUCAAAGUCAAUCAAAGACUUGUCGGGUGGUCGGUCUUCUCUGCAGAACGAGCUCGUGGGGGAUAUACACAACGAGUUCAGCUCCAUCCCGGAUGCACCAGAGCAGAUCCUGCUGCGGGACUUUGGCGAGGCCAACCCAACAGUGCAACUGGGGAAAACGUCCUCCGCGGCAGUUGCCAAACUAAUCUCGUCCAAGAUGCCUAGUGACUUCAACGCCAACGCUAUUCGAGCCCACCUAGCAAACAAGUGGGGUCUAGGACCCUUGCGACAAACAGCGGUGCUGCUCUAUGCCAUUGCGUCAGAACCCCCAUCGCGUUUAACUUCAUCGAGCGCAGCGGAAGAGUACUGGGACAACGUGUCAUCCAUGUACGCCGAAUCGUGUGGCAUUACCCUCCGCCCGAGACAAGACAAUAUGAAUGAAGAUGCUAUGGCAUCGUCGGCGGUUGAUCCGGCUGUGGUAGCCGAGUUUUCCAAGGCGCACCGUAGGCUCGGAGUUCAACAGUUCCAAGCGCUAGCAGAAUACUUACAAAUUGAUUUGUCGGGGUCUCAAGCCUCUCAGUCGGAUGCUUUGGUGGCGGAACUUCAGCAGAAAGUCGAUCUCUGGACGGCUGAGAUGACCCCCGAGUUUCUCGCCGGGAUAUCACCAAUGCUGGAUGUAAAGAAGUCGCGACGCUAUGGCUCGUGGUGGAACAUGGCACGGCAGGAUGUCUUGGCCUUCUAUCGCCGUCCUUCCUACAGUGAAUUCGUGGACGACGCCCUGGCCUUCAAAGUUUUUCUCAAUCGUCUCUGUAACCGAGCCGAUGAGGCCCUCCUCAACAUGGUACGCAGUCUUUCCUGUGACGCCUACUUCAAGCAAGGUUCUUUGCCCGGAUACCAUGCCGCCUCGCGACUCCUUGAGCAGGCCAUCACAUCCACAGUGGCGGAUUGCCCGAAGGCACGCCUCAUUCUCCCGGCGGUGGGCCCCCACACCACCAUUACAAAGGACGGCAAGAUUGAAUACGCGGAGGCGCCGCGCCAGGGAAUGAGUGGCCCCACUGCGUACAUCCAGUCGCUCCGCCAAGGCGCAUCUUUCAUUGGUCUCAACUCAGCCGACGUCGAUACUCAGAGCAACUUGACCGACGCUCUGCUUGACGCCAUGUGCUUAGCACUCCAUGAUGGAAUCUCGUUUGUUGGUAAAACCUUUUUGGUGACGGGAGCGGGUCAGGGUUCGAUAGGAGCGGGAGUGGUGCGUCUAAUGUUAGAGGGAGGGGCCCGAGUACUGGUGACGACGAGCAGGGAGCCGGCGACGACAUCCAGAUACUUCCAGCAGAUGUACGAUAAUCACGGCGCGAAGUUCUCCGAGCUGCGGGUAGUUCCUUGCAAUCUAGCCAGCGCCCAAGAUUGCGAAGGGCUGAUCCGGCACGUCUACGAUCCCCGUGGGCUAAAUUGGGACCUGGAUGCCAUCCUUCCCUUCGCUGCCGCAUCCGACUAUAGCACCGAGAUGCAUGACAUUCGGGGACAGAGCGAGCUGGGCCACCGGCUAAUGCUGGUCAAUGUCUUCCGCCUGCUGGGGCAUAUCGUCCACUGUAAACGAGAUGCCGGGGUUGACUGCCAUCCGACGCAGGUGCUGCUGCCACUGUCGCCAAAUCACGGCAUCUUCGGUGGCGAUGGGAUGUAUCCGGAGUCAAAGCUAGCCCUUGAGAGCCUGUUCCAUCGCAUCCGAUCAGAGUCUUGGUCAGACCAGUUAUCUAUCUGCGGUGUUCGUAUCGGUUGGACCCGGUCGACCGGUCUAAUGACGGCCCAUGAUAUCAUAGCCGAAACGGUCGAGGAACACGGAAUACGCACAUUUUCCGUGGCCGAGAUGGCACUCAACAUAGCCAUGCUGUUAACCCCCGACUUUGUGGCCCAUUGUGAAGAUGGACCUUUGGAUGCCGAUUUCACCGGCAGCUUGGGAACGUUGGGUAGCAUCCCCGGUUUCCUAGCCCAAUUGCACCAAAAAGUCCAGCUGGCAGCCGAGGUGAUCCGUGCCGUGCAGGCCGAGGAUGAGCAUGAGAGAUUCUUGUCUCCGGGAACAAAACCUACCCUGCAAGCACCCGUGACCCCAGUGCACCCCCGCAGUAGCCUUCGUGUAGGCUAUCCCCGUCUCCCCAAUUAUGAGCAAGAGAUUCGUCCGCUGUCCCCACGGCUGGAAAGGUUGCAAGAUCCGGCCAAUGCUGUGGUGGUGGUCGGGUACUCGGAGCUGGGGCCAUGGGGUAGCGCGCGAUUACGGUGGGAAAUAGAGAGCCAGGGCCAGUGGACUUCAGCCGGUUAUGUCGAACUUGCCUGGCUGAUGAACCUCAUCCGCCACGUCGACGAUGAAUCCUACGUCGGCUGGGUGGAUACUCAGACCGGAAAGCCAGUGCGGGAUGGCGAGAUCCAGGCACUGUACGGGGACCACAUUGACAACCACACCGGUAUCCGUCCUAUCCAGUCCACCUCGUACGACCCAGAGCGCAUGGAGGUCCUGCAGGAGGUCGCUGUCGAGGAGGAUCUGCCCGAGUUUGAAGUAUCUCAACUUACCGCAAACGCCAUGCGUCUCCGCCAUGGAGCUAACGUUUCUAUCCGCCCCAGUGGAAAUCCCGACGCAUGCCGCGUGAAGCUUAAACGAGGCGCUGUUAUCCUUGUUCCCAAGACAAUUCCCUUUGUUUGGGGAUCGUGUGCCGGUGAGUUGCCGAAGGGAUGGACCCCAGCCAAGUACGGCAUCCCUGAGAACCUAAUUCAUCAGGUCGACCCCGUCACGCUCUAUACAAUUUGCUGCGUGGCGGAGGCAUUUUACAGUGCCGGUAUAACUCACCCUCUUGAGGUCUUUCGACACAUUCACCUCUCGGAACUAGGCAACUUUAUCGGAUCCUCCAUGGGUGGGCCGACGAAGACUCGUCAGCUCUACCGAGAUGUCUACUUCGACCAUGAGAUUCCGUCGGAUGUUCUGCAAGACACUUAUCUCAACACACCUGCUGCCUGGGUUAAUAUGCUACUCCUUGGCUGCACGGGGCCGAUCAAAACUCCCGUCGGCGCAUGUGCCACCGGGGUCGAGUCGAUCGAUUCCGGCUACGAGUCAAUCAUGGCGGGCAAGACAAAGAUGUGUCUUGUGGGUGGCUACGACGAUCUGCAGGAGGAGGCAUCGUAUGGUUUCGCACAACUUAAGGCCACGGUCAACGUUGAAGAGGAGAUCGCCUGCGGUCGACAGCCCUCGGAGAUGUCGCGCCCCAUGGCUGAGAGUCGUGCUGGCUUUGUCGAGGCGCAUGGCUGCGGUGUACAGCUGCUGUGUCGAGGUGACAUCGCCCUGCAAAUGGGUCUUCCUAUCUAUGCGGUCAUUGCCAGCUCAGCCAUGGCCGCCGACAAGAUCGGUUCCUCGGUGCCAGCACCGGGCCAGGGCAUUCUAAGCUUCUCCCGUGAGCGCGCUCGAUCCAGUAUGAUAUCCGUCACGUCGCGCCCGAGUAGCCGUAGCAGCACAUCAUCUGAAGUCUCGGACAAAUCAUCACUGACCUCAAUCACCUCAAUCAGCAAUCCCGCUCCUCGUGCACAACGCGCCCGAUCCACCAUUGAUAUGGCUCCGCUACGAGCAGCGCUUGCGACUUGGGGGCUGACUAUCGACGACCUGGAUGUGGCCUCAUUGCACGGCACCUCGACGCGCGGUAACGAUCUCAAUGAGCCCGAGGUGAUCGAGACGCAGAUGCGCCAUUUAGGUCGCACUCCUGGCCGCCCCCUGUGGGCCAUCUGCCAAAAGUCAGUGACGGGACACCCUAAAGCCCCAGCGGCCGCAUGGAUGCUCAAUGGAUGCCUGCAAGUACUGGACUCGGGGUUGGUGCCGGGCAACCGCAAUCUUGACACGCUGGACGAGGCCCUGCGCAGCGCGUCUCAUCUCUGCUUCCCUACGCGCACCGUGCAGCUACGUGAGGUCAAGGCAUUCCUGCUGACCUCAUUUGGCUUCGGACAGAAGGGGGGCCAAGUCGUCGGCGUUGCCCCCAAGUACUUCUUUGCGACGCUCCCCCGCUCCGAGGUUGAGGACUACUAUCGCAAGGUGAGGGUUCGAACCGAGGCGGGUGAUCGCGCCUACGCCGCGGCGGUCAUGUCGCAGACGGUGGUGAAGAUCCAGACGCAAAACCCGUACGACGAGCCGGAUGCCCCCCGCAUUUUUCUCGAUCCCUUGGCACGUAUCUCCCAGGAUCCGUCGACGGGCCAGUAUCGGUUUCGUCCCGAUGCCACUCCCGCCCUCGAUGAUGAUGCUCUGCCACCUCCCGGCGAACCCACUGAGCUAGUGAAGGGCAUCUCCUCCGCCUGGAUCGAGGAGAAAGUGCGACCGCAUAUGUCUCCCGGCGGCACGGUGGGCGUGGACCUGGUUCCUCUCGCCUCCUUCGACGCAUACAAGAAUGCCAUCUUUGUUGAGCGCAAUUAUACGGUAAGGGAGCGCGAUUGGGCUGAAAAGAGUGCGGAUGUGCGCGCGGCCUAUGCCAGUCGGUGGUGUGCAAAAGAGGCGGUGUUCAAAUGUCUCCAGACACAUUCACAGGGCGCGGGGGCAGCCAUGAAAGAGAUUGAGAUCGAGCAUGGAGGUAACGGCGCGCCGAAAGUCAAGCUCUGGGGUGCUGCGCAAACAGCGGCGCGGCAACGAGGAUUGGAAGGAGUGCAACUGAGCAUCAGCUAUGGCGACGAUGCGGUGAUAGCGGUGGCGCUGGGGCUGAUGUCUGGUGCUUCAUAA